ACACACACUGAUAACUGUAGACAUUGGUCAGGCUCUUAAAAUGUUGUUGAGAGGUAACCAUUAAUAUAAAUGGGUGUUUGACAUGCUUUUAGAGGAAGAGUUGACACGCUCAACGGACAUCGAUCGACAAUUAGAGACAGAAGAAAGUUAGAUAUUUGAACGCGAUGCAGUCACUAGGAAUUUAAACGCUUUUAGAGUGACUCAGGGACGAUUUCGGAUUUGUUUCUUAACAAUUAUUAGCGGGAAAGAUAAUCAAAAAUGGCUUCAAGAUUGGGUUUAUCAGGUUUCCCCGUCAACUCCAGUACCCCAAUAAACCCCAGCAUGAACCCCAUGAACCCGGGUCACAGCAGCGCCAUGAGAAUGCCAGCAAUGCCGCAGAAUUCACCCUACAGAGGGAUGGGCAGCACCCCGAACCAGUAUCUCCAACGCCCAAGUAUGUCACCCAGCCGGGGAAUGCCAAUGGGGGGCAUGGGGUCUAUGGGUUCCCCUCUACCUGGACCGUCUUAUAGUGGAGCCAUGCCCAUGCGACCUGGGAUGCCUCAAGCCGUGAUGGACCCUGCCCGGAAGAGACUCCUUCAGCAUCAACAGCAGCAGUCUGGGGGUCCUAUGGGUCCGAGAAGAGGGGUGAAGAGGCGUAAGAUGGCUGACAAAGUCCUCCCACAAAGGAUCAGGGAUCUGGUCCCAGAGUCUCAGGCUUAUAUGGACCUUCUGGCUUUUGAGAGAAAGCUGGACCAGACCAUUGCUCGCAAACGAAUGGAGAUACAGGAAGCCAUCAAAAAGCCCAUCACGCAAAAACGUAAACUGAGGAUCUACAUUUCUAAUACGUACACACCUGGCAAGCCAGAAGGCGAGGAGGCUGAAAAAGUGGCAUCAUGGGAACUUCGUGUGGAAGGCAAACUCCUGGAGGAUCCUGGGAAACAGAAACGAAAGUUUUCAUCUUUCUUUAAAAGCCUGGUCAUUGAACUGGACAAAGAACUUUAUGGCCCAGACAACCACUUGGUGGAGUGGCACAGAAUGCCUACAACUCAGGAGACAGAUGGAUUUCAGGUGAAGAGACCAGGGGAUGUGAAUGUGAAAUGUACUCUCCUUCUCAUGCUAGACCACCAGCCUCCGCAGUAUAAGCUGGAUCCACGCCUGGCUCGACUGUUGGGUGUCCACACUCAGACCAGAGCCAGCAUCAUGCAGGCCCUGUGGCUCUACAUCAAAAGCAACAAGCUACAAGACUGCCAUGAGAAAGAGUACAUUAUCUGCAACCGAUACUUCAGACAGAUUUUUGGCUGCCCUAGGAUGAGAUUUUCGGAUAUCCCCAUGAAACUUGCCGGCCUCCUUCAGCACCCUGACCCCAUCAUCAUCAAUCAUAUCAUCAGUGUGGAUCCCAAUGAUCAGAAGAAGACUGCAUGCUUUGAUAUCGAUGUUGAGGUGGAUGACCCUCUGAAGGCUCAGAUGACCAGCUUCCUGUCAUCCACAACCAGUCAACAGGAAAUCACUACCCUGGAGAUGAAGAUCCAUGAGACUAUUGAAUCCAUCAACCAGUUGAAGACCCAGAGAGACUUCAUGCUCAGCUUCAGUAACAACCCACAGGACUUCAUCCAGGACUGGCUCAAGUCUCAGAGCCGAGACCUCAAAUUAAUGACAGAUACUGUGGGUAAUCCAGAAGAGGAGAGAAAAACUGAGUUUUACCACUCACCCUGGGUCAAAGAAGCUGUUGGACGUUAUAUAUUUUCAAAGGUCCAGCAGAGGAGACAAGAAUUGGAACAGGUACUGGGAAUCCGACUUACUUAAGAAGAUUCAGACUCCCAAAUCUACAGUCACCCGAGAAAUUGUCUCAACAAAUACAAUUGAGAAUGAAGCUUUAUGUUUUAGAACCAGUGGAGGAACUUAAUGUAUAAGUUUUGGUUGCUGGCAUUGUUUGGUAUGUUGCACUUGUCAUAAACAGCUUUUAAGAAGCAGCUUUUGUACCAUUACACACAUCUGGCCAUAUACAUUUCAAAUGCUUUUUCAGUAACUGGAACAUUUCAGUACGUAUCUUCCUCCUUUGCAUUCAUUCUCUGGUCUUCUCUUAUAUAUUCUGAAAAGGAGCCAUCCUGAUUAUGUUCCUCUUGAUUCAGUUUGUUGACAUAAUCAUCUUUGCUUUCAUCUUGUUUAAUACAACUCUCUUUUUAUAUUUUACAGUAUGAUAUACAGUAAUGUAGCUUAUUGGCUAACACCCUUAUAGGUAACUGAUGCAACAAAGCUUCUUUUUGUUCAUAAUUUUUGUGUUUGUAGUAGAAAUUGCCAAAAUCAAUCUACAUUUGCCAUUUCAUUUUUGAAAGUUUCUUAGUGACCACAAAGGCUAUUUUCACAAUUUAAUUGCAAAUUUUUUGAGUUAAGAUGCAGUUACGUAUAGUUAAGAAGAUUAGUAAUGAAAAUGCAAUGUUUUUCAAUAUUGUGGAUUUUUCCAUUUGGUCUCUCAGGAAAAUAUGUGCUGCACUGCAAUCAAGAGCCAUGAUUUUGUGUUUCCACCCCAACAGGAAAUCCAGCACAUUUGGUUGUCCAGCUGUUUUAGUUCAGUGUACCAGACUUUCUGUCUUUGUAUUGUCAGUGUUUACUAAGGUCUUUUUUUUUUUUUUUUUUUUAAGGUUUAAAGGUUGCUGGUUUGGCAGAGACACAAUUAUUGAAAGAUAGUGUUUCAGGUGUGCAGAGUGUUUUUUUCUUUUUCUUUUUUUUUCAGGUAUUCAAAGCCAUAUUUUAUACGUUCUCAUAAGUAGUUCAGUUCAGUGUGUACUUAUACAUUCCAAAAAGCCAAUGGAAAGUCUCUGUUUAAGUUGGAUUUUAUAUGUGGUUGUUCAUAUUGGUGUAGUCAUUUGUGUUUUUAAGUAUUGAUGACAGCAAGUUGAAUUUUCCAUUAAGGGAUAUAGCAGGUUCAAGUUAAGCUCUAUAAACAGCAUUUGUGACAUGCUGCUGAUUGCCACAGAAAAUACUUUCGACUUUUCAGUUCGUAUAGUGUUAAAAAAAACUAAAAUUUUAUGUAGAUAAUGAAAUUCUGACUUAAUUACAUCUCCGAGGGACAAGUUUAAACAAUUUUGUGUUAAUCAACAACAUGUCACAGAUGUAGUCAAUAGAGCUGAACUUGCAUUUCGUUUAUAACUUUAUUUCUCAGACAGUAUUAAUGCUGAUCUGAAAUGCAACCUUUGAUUUACUUUCGGGUUAAGCCUUUUUUAUGUAAAUGCAAUUAAGUUCUUACAACUUAAGCUCUGUGUUCUAUUUUUGUAUCAAUCAAAUGCUUAUCUUUUGUAUUUUUUUUUACUGGGAAAUUGAAGUAUUUUAAACAAUAAAGUUGUUUUCAUAAAGGGGAA